UACCUUUACUUAUAGAAUGUAAAUAGUUUUUUUUUCCUCUCCCUAGAGAUGGCAAAUCCUGAGGUUGUAAUCAGUAGCUGCAGCUCUCAAGAAGAGGAAAAUCGCUGCACUUUUAACCAGCAUACAUCGCCCUCUGAGGAGCUUCUGUUAGAAGACCAGAUGAGGCGAAAACUCAAAUUUUUUUUCAUGAAUCCUUGUGAGAAGUUCUGGGCUCGUGGUAGAAAACCAUGGAAGCUUGGCAUACAAAUUCUAAAAAUUGCGAUGGUGACUAUACAGCUGGUCUUUUUUGGGCUGAGUAACCAGAUGGUUGUAGCUUUCAAGGAAGAGAACACUAUAGCAUUCAAACACCUCUUCUUAAAAGGAUAUGUGGACCGAAUGGAUGACACUUACGCAGUCUACACGCAAAGUGAUGUGUAUGAUCAGAUCAUCUUUGCAGUAAACCAGUACUUGCAGCUGCGCAGUAUCUCGGUGGGGAAUCAUGCAUAUGAGAACAAGGGUACCGAGCAGUCUGCUAUGGCGAUCUGUCAGCACUUCUACAAGCAAGGGAACAUCUGUCCUGGAAAUGAUACCUUUGACAUUGAUCCAGAAAUGGAGACUGAAUGUUUCUUUGUAGAGCCCGAUGAACCUUUUCACAUUGGAACACUGGAAGAAAAUAAACUCAACUUAACACUGGACUUUCACAGACUCCUAACAGUGGAGCUGCAGUUUAAACUGAAGGCCAUUAAUCUGCAGACCAUUCGUCAUCACGAGCUCCCUGACUGUUACGACUUUACUCUGACUAUAACAUUUGACAAUAAGGCCCACAGUGGAAGGAUUAAGAUAAGCUUAGAUAACGACAUUUCCAUCAGAGAAUGUAAAGACUGGCAUGUAUCAGGAUCAAUUCAGAAGAACACUCACUACAUGAUGAUCUUUGAUGCCUUUGUUAUUCUGAUAUGCUUGGCUUCGUUAAUCCUGUGCCUUCGAUCUGUGAUUACAGGACUUCAGCUUCAGCAGGAAUUUGUCAAUUUUUUCCUCCUCCAUUACAAGAAGGAAGUUUCUGUUUCUGAUCAAAUGGAAUUCGUCAAUGGAUGGUACAUCAUGAUUAUUAUUAGUGACAUAUUGACAGUUAUUGGAUCAAUUCUGAAAAUGGAAAUUCAAGCUAAGAGUCUAACAAGUUAUGACGUCUGUAGCAUACUUCUUGGGACUUCCACCAUGCUCGUGUGGCUCGGAGUCGUUCGAUACCUCGGUUUCUUUCAGAAGUACAACCUCCUUAUUCUGACCCUUCAGGCAGCGCUGCCCAAUGUCAUCAGGUUCUGUUGCUGUGCCGCAAUGAUUUAUUUAGGCUAUUGCUUCUGUGGAUGGAUUGUGCUGGGGCCUUACCAUGAUAAGUUCCGUUCUCUGAACAUGGUCUCCGAGUGCCUUUUCUCUCUGAUAAAUGGAGAUGAUAUGUUUGCCACAUUUGCAAAAAUGCAACAAAAAAGUUAUUUGGUCUGGUUGUUUAGCAGAAUUUACCUCUACUCAUUCAUCAGCCUCUUUAUAUAUAUGAUUUUAAGUCUUUUCAUUGCACUGAUCACUGAUACAUAUGAAACAAUUAAGCAUUACCAACAAGAUGGCUUCCCAGAGACUGAACUUCAUACAUUUAUAGCAGAAUGCAAAGAUCUACCCAAUUCUGGAAAAUACAGAUUAGAAGACGACCCUCCAGGUUCUAUAUUCUGCUGUUGUAAAAAGUAGCUAUCAGGCUAAUCUGUGCUCUAGAGGGAUAUAUAAUAUAUAGCUGAGUUGGGAAACUGUAUGGAUAUUUUAAGAUCAGGUACAGUAUAUUUGAAGACUAUUGCUUUGAGCAAACCAAUAGCUAUAAUUUAUCAAGAACUAUUUAUAUUUUUAAAAGCAAUAUUUAAUGUCUUUUGCAGCUUUAUAUUGGGUUUAUUUUUUUAAAUUAACUUGGAUGAGAGAAGCCAUUGGGUUCUUGUUAUUUCUUGUUUAUUUUGCCAUAAGCUUUAGAAUAUGUUCUCUAUCUCCCUCUUCAGCUCUUACACUCUUGCUUCCAGCUAUUUUUACUGGAUUGAUUGUGUCAUCAGUGGAGAACAAUGCCUAGUCUGACUUCAUAAAACUCACUAACUCUGGUCUUGACCACUCUCUGGGGUUCAUCCCUGAGAGAGAGGGGAAGUGGUUGGUAUAGAUCAGUAAUUAUUUUAUUUUAUUUUAUUUUAUUUUAUUAUUUUAAUUUUAUUUUUUAUUGGAAAGAGAGAGCGAGCAAGCGAGCACGGGGGGAGAAGGGCAGAGACAGAGAAAGCAAGAAUCUUAAGCAGGCUUCAUGCUCAGCAUGGGGCUCAACUUGGGGUUUGACGUGGGAUUAUACAUGGGGCUUGAUGUGGUGCUCAAUUCUUGGGAUUCUGACCUGAACCAAAAUCAAGAGUCAGCUCAACCAACUGAGCCACCCAGGCAUCCCUAAUCAUCGCAUUUUAAAUUCUUCUCUUGGGGCGCCUGGGUGGCUCAGUGGGUUAAGCGUCUGACUCUGGAUUUUGACUCAGGUCAUGAUCUCACAGUUUGUGAGUUCAAGCCCUGCCUCAGGCUCUCUCCGGUCAGUGCAAUGCCCUCUUCAAGGAUCCUCAGUCAGUCAUUCUCUGCCCCUCCCCCACUAGCUCGUGCAUGUGCUGUCUCUCAAAAAUAAAUAAACAUUAAAGUACUUAAAAAAAAAACCUUAAAAAAACAAUUAUGGUCAUAACUUAAAAAUAAGUAGAAAAUGUAUGCCUUAAAAGACGAAGAACAAAGUCUACAUUCCUUGGAUACUGCUGAUUGGAAUUUUAGGGAAUUUUACAACAUGUAUCUUUGUUUUGUGUGCUAUUCAUUCAAAUAGAAAUGAACUUGAUGUGCAAUAAAGUUUUUCUCAAAGCAAACUUUUUUGUAAAGAAAACUGAUUUGUUAAUUUUUAAUUUUAAGGGCUAAAUGAAGAUAGCCUUGAGACACUGAAGUCUUAUUAUUUAAUAUAAUGAGGAUCAUAAUAAUGACUGCAGGCAUUGAAAUGUGAGGUUUUAUAAUAAGUAUAAGCUAUUCUUGCAGUAUUUAUGGCUUUUAAGAAAUGGAAAAUCUAAGUCUCUGGAUCCCCUGGUGUUUCACUUGCACAUUAAAAUUUGAGCUACUUGGAGUUCCCUAUUGCAACUAUUUCUUCCCCUACAGUGUUUGAUAAGAAUUUAUUUACCGUUUGUUUUUUUAAAUAAUGCCUUUAUAAAAAAAAAAUAAAAUAAUGCUUUUACACCUGUCAGUAAUAUGUGCAUCACCAAUUAUAGCUAUUAUGUGCAUGUAUGUCUUUUCCGCUUUAUGAAACGAGGGAAACUUCUCCAGAUCAGGAAAGUGAUUCAAGGGCAGUGACUGUGAAUUAGAUCUCUCUCAGCAUAGCAGUGUAGUGAGAAUAAAGAUUUUGGAAACUCAAAGAUCUGAAUAGAAAUCUUGGAUCUACUACAAAUUGUGUGGGUGACCUCAGGGCAGCAACUUAAACCUCUCUGAACCCAUUUCCUCAUUUCAAAAGCAGAUGACAGUACACAGAGUGCUGAGUGUUCAGUGAGAUAACAUGGAAAU